AACUGUCAAAUACUGAUAACGUCGUCACGAACUUUCUAUUUCACAAGUUGUGAUUUUGGAUUUUCUAGUGUGUUGUGUGUGUAUGGUGUUAUUUUGUGUAUAAAGUAAAACUUUAUUUCACUUACAUCAAAUUCAUUAUGUUAAUGAAAAAGUGCCUCGUUGAAUCGUUUUUUCGAUCGAAAAAUAAUCGCUUUACAAUCAGUGGCAAUGGAUGUUAUCUUUGCUGGUGCAAUUUAUCCGACACCGACGCUUAUCAGUCUCAUAUGAAACAACACUUGGAGAGUGUAAAAGUUAGUGGAUUCAAUGCCUGCUGGAAAUCGCUCGGCAAUCAAGAACUUAUCGGCUUAGAUGUCACAGUCCAUCAGGCUAGAAUAGCUGUAAAUUUAAUUAACCACAGUGACGGCAUUCUGACAAUAUCCCAGCUUGCUGUGUUCAAUGAAAUUUUGAUAUUUGACUUGAUCGAACCUGAUGCUUUCCCAAUUAAACUCAUGAUUAACGAAAAAGUUACGCUAAAGCGACAAUUGGAUAAAUUAUGUGGCCAGAACCACAUCACCAUUGUCUACGAAGCAACUAUGAAUAACGUUAAGUACGAAGCGGUUCAGAGCUACCGUAUUGAGAAAGAAGAAAACGAGCCACAACUAAAAGAAGAACUUUCCGCCACACGAUCCGUUGAAAAACAAACUAAGCCUCCAAUGAAUCCAAAAUACCAAGGGUGCCUUGAAUUGGGUAUAUUGUCUGACUAUACGCCGACGGUAGAGAUCAAAUCUCUGUUCAAGGUUCAAUUUAAACGGAAUGGAGCAUUAACCGGAAAUGAAGAAAAGCUUCGAAAAACAAUCACUGAAUUCAAUGGACCGUUGACGCCACUCAACUAUUACGAUAUGCUCACCCUUAUGGUACAGAUUGAAGACUACGGAUCUCAGCUGUCAGUAAUGCGAUGUACCAAAACGAAUCGGAGUUUGGUGAAAGUAAAAGGGAACGAGUACGUCUUGAAGUUACACGAACGUGAAGGACGUCCACUGUUUGUACUUGCCGGUGAUUUGAUCUGGAUCGGUAAGCCACAAACGACUGUGCGAACUUAUGGCGUUGUUCAAUAUGCGACUUCAAGCGAAAUGAAAAUUAAGUUCCAAUCAUCGAACAAAGUGGUCGAGAAGACACCGAUUUAUUCCAUGCACUUUGAAAUGAAUCGGCUCACAUUCAAGCUACAGAGAUUGGCAUUAGAGACGGCAAAGUGGCUUAAUAUUAUCGACUUGUUGUUCCCUCAAUCGAAUCAGAUUCGUCGUUUUGACCAAUCGAAAAUGCUUCAAUUGGACAUUCGGGAUAAACGGCUGAAGAGCGAUACUCAUCAAAUUGAAGCCGUUCAUAAUAUCGUAGCUGGAACCGCCUAUCCGUUGCCGUACGUCUUGAUCGGUUUUCCUGGGACUGGCAAAACUGCUACAAUUGUCGAAAGCAUUUACCAGUUGUGGAAACUGGAUGCAAACAACAAGAUUCUCGUUUGUGCUCAAUCGAAUUCCGUCUGUGAUGAAAUAGCCCAGAGACUAUUGGACGCAUUACCAAGAAAAUCGGACCAACAGCAGCAUAACAUUAUCAGACUAUUCGCUGCCUGUGUCCGAAAAUCGUGUAACAGUGACGAUCUGCGGGAGAAUUCAAAUUUCGACGAAGGAAAUAUUCCAAGUUUGCAUGAACUGUACAAAUAUCGAAUCGUCAUUGCAACUUUAACCGUUUCCGGACGUUUACUUCAAGCCAACAUGGAUUCGACUCAUUUCACUCAUCUGUUCAUCGAUGAAUGUGAAAGUGCGACCGAAUCUUUUACAUUGCUUCCAAUUGCUUUGUGUAGCUCGACGGGAAAAAUCAAUGCGCACAUUGUACUUAGUGGAGAUCCAAAUCAACUGGGACCAGUCGUUCGAGAGGAUGUUGCACGAAAGAUGACCAUGGGCACAUCCAUGCUCAAAAGAUUGUCCGAAAACCCGUUAUAUCAAAAAAACAAAUCGAAUUCGUACGACCGACGAAUUACGUGCAGAUUGCGAAAUAAUUAUCGUUCACAUCACGAUCUGGUAGACAUGGCGAAUAAGUUGUUCUACAACAACGAAAUGAAAAGCUGCAUGCCAAAGACCGCUUUCGAAAAGAUUUGUUGGAUGUCGGAGCUGGAGUUUAUGCCGAAAAAAGGAUUUCCAAUUUUAUUCGAGCAUGUGGAUGGAAUUCCCGAAAUCAAAGAAAAUUGCUCAAGCUACUACAACGAAAUUGAAGUAGAAAGCGUUCUUCAUUACGUCGAGAAAUUGCUCCAAAAUGAGCCGCGAAAUAUUAACCAAUCGGACAUUGGAGUCAUUGCAGCAUACAAACGACAGGUCAUUCACAUUACGGAGUGUCUGCAAGAGCGUAAUUACGGCGGAAUCGAAGUUGGUACUGUUGAACAGUUUCAGGGUCGGGAGAAGCCAAUUAUUAUAAUCUCAACAGUUCGUAACGGAUCGUUAGGAUUCAUACAACAACGGGAGAGAAUCAACGUUUUGCUGACCAGAGCGAUGGGUCUAUUGAUUGUCAUUGGACAUGUCAAAACUCUGCGUAAGAACAGCGAUUGGAGAAAGAUUAUCGAUCACACAUCGAACAUAUGUGGAGGCGAGAUAGUAGCCGACUACGGCUAUGAUGUGGGCGACUACCGAUGUUGAUUAAAGUAAUUUUCUUCAUUUUAAUUUUCAUUUCCUUGCCUUGGCAGGAAACAAAUAUUUUUAAAUAUUAAGUGACUUUUUAAAUAAAUAAGCUUUUAUGACAACCUCAAA